UCCCAGGAUAAGAUGUUUGUUUCCAGCUGUGUGAGAUGCCAACCGGAGGCUGGAAAAGAGGAAGAGGUGACUAGGGUUGCGAAAUAACCCUACUGUUGCUUACAAAUAUUCUAGCCAGUCAGAUGUAUGUAAGCAGAGAAGACGGCAGCAGGGUAUAAAACUGUCACAGCAGCUUCGAAGACAGAUGAUUCAGAUUUGGGGACUUUUUCUUUUGCGUGCUAUUUAGAUUUGUCAUCAUGCAGUUAAGCAGGUGUUGAGGGAAAGCUAAGAGAAUGAAGGCUCUAAAUCCCCAGUGGAAGCAUGAUAUGGCGGAGCAGAGCUGGUGCUGAAUUGUUCUCUCUGAUGGCUCUAUGGGAGUGGAUAGCCCUGAGUCUUCAUUGCUGGGUUUUAGCGGUUGCUGCUGUUUCGGAUCAGCAUGCCACAAGCCCCUUCGACUGGCUCCUCUCUGAUAAGGGACCCUUCCAUCGCUCACAGGAAUACACAGAUUUUGUGGACAGAAGCCGGCAGGGAUUUAGCACAAGAUACAAGAUAUACAGGGAGUUUGGCCGCUGGAAAGUAAAUAACCUUGCAGUUGAGAGAAGAAAUUUCCUUGGCUCCCCUCUGCCUCUUGCCCCUGAAUUCUUCCGCAACAUAAGACUUUUGGGACGUCGACCUACCCUUCAGCAAAUCACAGAAAACCUUAUCAAGAAAUAUGGGACUCAUUUCUUGCUAUCUGCUACUCUGGGAGGAGAGGAGUCACUCACAAUCUUUGUGGACAAGCGGAAGCUGAGCAAGCGAUCUGAAGGAAGUGACUCCAGCACCAACAGCUCUUCGGUUACUCUGGAGACGCUCCAUCAACUAGCCGCUUCCUAUUUCAUUGACAGGGACAGCACCCUUCGGAGACUCCACCACAUUCAAAUUGCAUCCACCGCCAUAAAGGUAACAGAAACACGGACGGGUCCUCUUGGCUGCAGUAACUACGACAACCUGGAUUCUGUCAGCUCAGUUCUGGUUCAGAGUCCUGAGAAUAAGAUUCAGUUGCAAGGGUUGCAAGUGCUGCUUCCGGACUAUCUUCAGGAGCGUUUUGUUCAAGCAGCCUUGAGUUACAUUGCUUGCAAUUCCGAGGGAGAGUUUAUCUGCAAGGACAAUGACUGCUGGUGUCAUUGUGGUCCCAAAUUUCCAGAAUGCAACUGCCCCUCCAUGGACAUUCAAGCCAUGGAAGAGAAUCUUCUUCGAAUAACUGAAACCUGGAAAGCCUACAACAGUGACUUUGAGGAAUCAGAUGAAUUCAAGUUCUUUAUGAAAAGGCUCCCCAUGAAUUAUUUCCUCAACACAUCUACCAUCAUGCACUUGUGGACAAUGGAUUCUAAUUUCCAGCGCCGCUAUGAACAACUGGAGAGCAGCAUGAAGCAACUUUUCCUAAAGGCGCAGAAAAUUGUACACAAGGUCUUUAGCCUCAGCAAGCGGUGUCAUAAACAACCCCUCAUCAGCCUGCCAAGACAAAGAACCUCCACCUACUGGCUCACGCGCAUCCAGUCUUUCCUCUACUGCAACGAGAACGGCCUGCUGGGCAGCUUCUCGGAGGAGACGCACUCGUGCACGUGUCCCAGCGACCAGGUGGCCUGCACCACGCCCCUGCCCUGCGCGGUGGGCGACGCCGCCGCCUGCCUGAGCUGCGCCCCAGACAACCGCACCCGCUGCGGCGCCUGCAACACGGGCUACAUGCUGAGCCAGGGCCUCUGCAAGCCCGAGGUCGCCGAGGCCACGGACCAUUACAUUGGCUUCGAGACCGACCUGCAAGACCUCGAGAUGAAGUACCUGUUGCAGAAAACAGACAGACGAAUAGAAGUCCACGCCAUCUUCAUCAGCAACGACAUGCGCCUCAACAGCUGGUUUGACCCCUCCUGGCGGAAGCGCAUGCUGCUCACUUUGAAGAGCAACAAGUACAAGUCCAGUUUGGUCCACAUGAUCCUGGGGCUGUCGUUACAGAUUUGCUUAACUAAAAACAGCACCUUGGAGCCCGUGUUGGCUGUCUACGUCAAUCCCUUCGGAGGCAGCCACUCUGAAAGCUGGUUUAUGCCUGUGAAUGAAAACAGCUUUCCAGACUGGGAGCGGACUAAGCUGGACCUCCCCCUGCAGUGCUAUAACUGGUCCCUGACUCUGGGGAACAAAUGGAAGACCUUUUUUGAGACUGUCCACAUCUACCUGAGAAGCCGCAUCAAGUCCAACGGCCCCAAUGGCAAUGAGAGCAUUUACUACGAACCUCUGGAAUUUAUUGACCCUUCGCGGAACCUGGGCUAUAUGAAAAUCAAUAACAUUCAAGUGUUUGGCUACAGCAUGCACUUUGACCCUGAAGCAAUUCGGGACCUGAUUUUGCAGCUGGACUACCCCUACACUCAGGGAUCCCAGGACUCAGCACUUUUGCAACUUCUAGAGAUAAGAGACCGUGUAAAUAAACUCUCCCCACCUGGUCAGCGUCGUCUAGAUCUUUUCUCUUGCUUGCUUCGUCACAGACUCAAGCUGUCUACUAGUGAGGUGGUCAGGAUCCUGUCAGCUCUGCAGGCAUUUAACGCCAAAUUGCCAAACACAGUGGAUUACGACACGACCAAAUUAUGUAGUUAACCGUAAAUGUCAAGCACAACCCAAAAUCUUGAAGGAGUUUUUACAGUGCUUUUGUGGAACAGUUUAUGUUUGGAAGAGUAAAUUUAAAUUGUCUUUUCAAUAUCUGUCUUAUAUCAGUCAAUAACGUUGUAUGGCAAUUUACACUCA